GACGCCAGCCUCAACCUGCAGGGUGUUGCCGUGGGAAACGGAAUGUCAAGUUAUGAAUUGAACGACAACUCUCUGGUGUUCUUCGCCUACUACCACGGCCUGCUGGGAAGUGGUCUGUGGACCCGGCUGCAGACGUUCUGCUGCCGCAACGGGUCGUGUGACUUUUACAACAACCAGGACCAGAACUGCUCUACCAGUGUGUCUGAGGUCCAGGUCAUCGUCUACAGUUCUGGUCUGAACAUGUACAACCUGUAUGCUCCAUGUCCAGGUGGAGUCGGUCAGAGACUCAGUGUUGAAGGAGGCCAGCUGGUGAUCAGGGAUCUGGGGAACUCGUUCAUAAACCAUCCCUGGACUCAGUUGUGGAAUCAGAAGUUACGAGGCCUGGCGUCAGUUCACCUGUCGGUGCGUCUGCAGCCGCCCUGCACUAACUCCACCCCCUCCACCCUCUACCUCAACAACCCGUACGUCAGAGACGCUCUGCACAUCAGCCCUGCUGCUCUCCCCUGGACCAUCUGCAGUUCUGAGGUGAACCUCAACUACGGCCGACUCUACAUGGACGUGAGGAAACAGUACGAGAAGCUUCUCGCUGCUCUGAAGUACCGGGUUCUGGUCUACAACGGUGACGUGGACAUGGCGUGUAACUUCAUGGGGGACGAGUGGUUUGUGGAGGCUCUGCACCAGCAGGUGACGGUUCAGCGGCGUCCGUGGUUCUAUGACGCUGACGACGGUCGUCAGGUGGGAGGCUUCGUGAAAGAGUUUGACAACAUGACCUUCCUCACUGUCAAGGGCUCUGGUCAUAUGGUUCCAUCAGAUAAACCAGCUGCUGCCUUCACUAUGUUCUCCAACUUCAUCAAGAGACUGCCCUUCUGACCUCUGACCUUUUUGUUUUUUCACACUGGUGUCUUAAUGUGUCAAUAAAGUUUCUAUUUGAAUCUCGA